AUGGCGCAAACCCAAAUCGCCAUCGAGUGUCCCGUGAGCUGUCGGGGCGCUCCCGACACUUUAGUUUGGGAGGCCAGCGUGUCGUCCGCCGCCGGAGCUUUCUCGCAGAAGAAUUUCCUUCAGAGGUUUGAAACAGAACAGGGCUUGGAAGAGAAGCUCGCGUCGAUCGAGUUUGCUCAAGGAACCCGAGGGUUUGAUGAGCAGGUUGUCCAACCGACAUUGGAUCAGAAUUUAGUUCUGCUCAGUCCUUUUGCAUCGGCGGAUGUCCGCCACCAAGUAAUCCAGGAGAACUGUCUGGAGCCCGUUGAAGAUCAGGCGCUUCUCUGCCAGAGCCGGAGUCGUUGCCCUGGGAAGCUCCCUGCCAAAAGACCCUUAGAGGUGCAGGACGACAAGCUUCCCUGCGGCUCCCGCACCACCGAGGUUGCUGGCGGCGUUCCACGCUUGCCGUCUCUCGAGUCUUGUUCAGUUCCUGCCCAUCCAGCGAUAUGCGCAUUACUGCUCGGUGCACAGCCAGGCGAGCGAGUGCUGGAUCUGUGCGGAUCUGGUGUCAAGGCUGCAGUCCUUGCCUGCUGCAUGUUCUCCGACAGUCGGAGUUGGCUUCAAAGUGUAGGUCAUGAGUCUGGUGCGCUGGGCGACGGAAGGCCAGAUGCUUCGGUUCUGGUCUCCAACGCUCCCGACAGGACAUACGUGCGAAGCAUGGAGCCAUGGCUUCAGAGUUUGCUUCCCGCGGAGGUUCCAGUUCUCCAAGCUACAAGGACUACAGGAGCUGGCCACAUCCUCCUCAGCAGUGUGGAGGCAUGGCAGAAGCAAUCACUGCUCCCACUGCAACGGCUAGGGCCCUUUGACCGAAUCAUCGUGGAUCCCACCUGCGCUUGCGGCUUCGGAGCAAGGAUGCCCGAUCUGAAGUAUCCGGAGCUUGCAGAGGCGCUGCUAUGCAAUGCAGCGAGACUUCUACGCCCAGGAGGCAUACUCCUCUACUCCACAACGCGCCCGGAGGAGCGGGCCCAUGAUUCUGUCGUUCGCGGGCUCCUUCGGAAUGCCAAAGAGGACCUCGAGGUCUUGCAGCCAACUCAGCAGCUUGACGUUGCAACUGCCCGGACCGAGCACGGCCAGCUGUUGACCCUAGGACGCAAGCCGGAUCAAUGCAAGGUUUAUCUCUGCAGGCUGAAGAGAGCCACUUGA